UCAAAGGCGCGAUGUCAGUUGCCGGCUUUAUCUGUUUUGAAUUCUUCCACAUGUUUUAAGGUUAUAAUACCACCGGAGGAUAUUUUCAAUAAUGAUCAUUUGCAUUGUUUAUUAGUAUUUUGAGAGCUAUCGCAUUUUUUCAGAUACAAAAGCUGUGAUUUCUUCAAAAUAUCUACGAAAUCACAUCAAUAAUGAAUAAAACAGCGGAAGCGAACAAAACGAAUUGCAAGGAACUCUUAGUGCAACGAAUGUUUUUUGCCAUAGGUUCCAGUAUCAUUGUACACUUUAUUUUGAUGAGCGGUGUGAUUCUAGUCACCAAUUUAAAGAUAACGCAUCCACUGGAAUGGAUACAGAAUACUUGGAACGUCGUCACUUGUUUAAGAAUGUGGACCUAUUUUUUGGUAUUCUCUGUAGUCGUUUUUUUGCAAGGCAUAAUCUGCAGUAAAGACUAUAUGAAUCCAGUUGCCUAUACUUCUAGCCGAUUUGUAAAGUUUUGUCAUAUCUUUACACCUCACAACCUACUUGUUGGAGGACUUUACACAAUUUUGGGAGGUGUUCUCGCAUGGUUGCACUUGUCUGUGGAAGGAGGUAGAUAUGGAUCUCUUGUUAAGAGUUGUGAGAAGUUUCAAGGCUACUGCUUGGUUGAAGAGCAUUACUUUCUACUGCUGGAAGGAUUUUGGAUUGGUUUAUACUUUUUUACAAAUGCUAGCUAUAUGGGCUCCAGAAAUUUGCAGUUUUCCAUCAUACCUCAGUCAAAGUUAUCUCAAGUUAAGAGAGGAAUCCAGACUGUGAUUGCCAAUGCACUGCUAGAUGGUAUAUGGCCCAUGAUUUAUUUCCUUGGAUUUUACUCAGUUUUUGGACAGUAUUGCAGAAACCUAUUCACAUCACCCUUCUCUCUGUUGAUUGAGGAAAUGCCUCUUGACAAAAUCUCUAGGCUACUAAGCAUGUCUUUGAUAUUUUAUGCUUGGUUGCACGCUGUACUUUUCAUUCUCAUAAUACAAAGUAUGCACUUGUUAUUUCAAGCCUAUCUAACAGAAUGGAUCCCAUUUGAUAUCGAGGCUGUGCAGUUUAGUGAAAAGUCAAAAGUUUCAUUGACGGAUGCACUGACGAUGGAAAAGAUACCAGUUCUGCAACAAUUGGGAUAUUUAGAUCUUGUAACGAUUGCUCAAAAGGAUAGAUCUAGAAGAGCGCUGCUUUUUACAUUGAGUCAGCCUGGAGGUCACCCAUAUAAUUGGAAUAGUGUUGUUGAAAAAAGUCUAUCUCUAAUAAAGAAAUUCUCGGAUGGUUUGAAUUCUGCUAGCGUAACUCAAAAGGACCAGGUAGCUCCAAUAACAAAAAAUGUAUCAACAUUGACUGCUCAAGUAACAAAUAAACCUUACACAUAUCAAAUGAGAAGUCUUGUAUCACCGAAACCCGCUAGUGCUCCACCCGUCAUAGAUACUGUGGAAUGCCAACCAAUUGCAACUGAAAACUUUGUUUCACUGUAUUUUAAAAAUGUAAAAAAAAAUAUUAUAAACUAUCUCUUGUCAAAGAGGCUAAUCUCCUACGUGUUUGCUGAGCAAUUUGAAAAUAAAUUAAGGCAUGUGCUCAAUGAUGGGCAGUCUGUUAUUUGGGCAACAGAUGCAAUUUCUUCACUGGCUGCAGUCUCUUUGGAUGAAGAUCCAUAUGGAAUUGUACAAAAGGAUUUGCCUGAAAUAAUUGAAGUGCUGCUAAAACUCAAGCAGUCAUUAGAUAAAUUGCAAAAGAUGAACAUUUCAAUUAGGAAGCCAAUGAGUGAUGAUCGAUUUUUGAAACAAACUUUGACUGCCCUUCGCUCUGCUGUCAGGCGUAGUUUAUAUAGAAUUGUUGCCCAUUUUAAGAAUUACAUUGAUGAUCUUGCAUUACCUCCAAUGACUGUGGAUCAGUUACAACCAUUUUUCACUUACAGAGAAUAGAUUGAAUGUGUUUAGUUUGAAAAGUGAACAUACAUUUCAUUAGACUGUCAAGUUUAAUGAUCGAGGUUUUUGUGUUGUACUAUAUUUCUUUAAUAUUUAUUUGAAUUUUCAUCCACAAGGGCUUGUGCUUUGAGAAUGUUCAUUUAUAAUUUUUUACUAAUUCUUGUACUGUAUAAGAUACAUCAAGAUGAUGAUUUGUUACUAAUUUUGUAUUUCUUUUGGACAACAAAUUUUUGUUGUACUGUUGUAUUCAACUAAUCGUUUAAGAGAAAAAUGUAAUUUUGCAAUGUACUUUUUGUAAAUUUUGAUAAUAAAGUAAUAUUUUUCAAGAUA